UGGCCAAAUGAGCCGCUCCUGCAGGAGGUACGCGUACGCGCACGCGCACGGGCGCGCGGUUGGACUUGACGCUGCUCGCACACGACGGUGCUCUUUUGCGUGGCUCCGUGACAGAUCCACCGAGGAGGCCACUCUCGCUUCGGCCUCCACCUCCGAACUGGCCAUUUAUUUAUUCAUUUAUUUAUUUUUUGGCGUCUCAUUUCAUUGGAGGCGUGUGUCCCCCCCCCCCCCAAUUGCCAUUCUGCUGGGGGACCUCAACGUGGGACCGGCUUUCUGAAUGGGAUGCUAAGGUUCCCGUGCUGACUGUUGAGGAUUGUUCAUCCAGGAUUUUCGACCGUCCCCCGAGCUAAAAAGGAAAAACAAAAUCCGCCGUCAUGCCCAUCCUAAAGCAGCUGGUGUCCGGCUCCUCCCAGAAGAACCGGCGCUCCCGCACCGACCUGACCCGGGAGAUGAUCAGCGCGCCGCUGGGCGACUUCCGCCACACCAUGCACGUGGGCCGCAGCGGCGACGCUUUCGGCGACACCUCCUUCCUCAGCACACGCUCGGGCGAACCCCCCGCCCAGACCGCCUCCUUCCCCAGCUCCCCUCGGCCGGGCCUCCUGUCGCGCACCUUCCGCAGCAGCAAGCGCUCGCAGUCCACCACCCGAGUGGACCAGCAGCGAGAGCACCCUCUGGGGGUCUCCGGAGGGUCUCCGACUUACGUGAAAAACGCCAUGUCUUUGCCCUUCCUCAACGACGAGGACAGAGCCGACGGCGUGGCGGCCAAGAGUCUGUCCCCGAGUCCUUUAAAGCAGCUCAGCGAAGGCGAUGGCGGGGACGCCGCGGCCACCGGAACGCACUUCCUGGAGCUGGAAGAGCGCCGCUUCGGGGAACCCGGCGAGCUCCCCGAGAAGUGGAGCCCCCCCGGAAGCGGAAUGAAGCACGCCGAGUCGGUCAUGUCCUUCCACCUGGACCUGGGCCCGUCCAUGCUGGGGGACAUCCUGGGCGUGAUGGAAAAGGAGGACGACGACCUCGGCUACGAGGAAGGCAAGAGCAGCGAGGGCCGCGCCUCCCCGCCACUCGGCGCCCACGAAGGAGAAGAAGAAGAAGAAGACGACGCCGGGAGGACGGCGGCGGUGGCGAAAGUGCCUCAGAGCAGCGAAACCGAGGCGCCCUACACCCCCCAGUACACCCCGGAGGUCCUCCCCAAACACUUGCAGCACCUGGACAGCUGCUCCGUGUCCAGCUCGGGCUCGGCGGCCCUGGACGAGAAGGCCCGCGCGUACGCGGCCGACACGGACAGCGCCACCUUCAGCGCUCCGCCGGAAGAGGAGAGCCACUUCUCGUCUUUCUUAGACGACGACGACGAUGAUGAGAUCCGCGUAUGAGAAACUCUGGAAUGCUGUUUACGUAAGCAAGUAGCACCCCCUGAGAGUGGAGUUGGAUUGUGGGAAUCGCGAGGAAUUCAUUUCUUCUCGCUCAUUGAAUAUGGAACAUUCCAGAAGAGGGCCACCGAGGACCGCUUGGAACGGAAAAGUUUUUUUUCUUCCCAGCAUCUCAUUCCCCCCGCCCCACCCCCUCCUCUCAUCACCACAGGACCGGCACUCGGGUAUCUCCUCCUCCAUCAGAAUAUAAAUGACGAGUGCCGCUGAGCUGCCGGGCUCCCGUGUCGCCGCUUCCUGUGGAAUUCUUCUGUUUUUUUCCUGCCCGCCAGCUGCACAUUUCUGACAGUAAACGAGAGCCUAAUGGUGGACGUUGAGCGUUAAGUGUAUAGCGAGCGCAAGUGCGGAAGGUUUGUCUUAAGGCCACAGUAUCGUAUUUCCUCAAAUCGGUGCCGUGUGCGUGACACCCAAUCAGGAUCUGACAGACGGUGCUGUAGUUUUGGUUAGCCACGGCGUUUAAAUCCGUCCGUGCAUGAAUAAUAGCUUCCAUGAGCUGACAGUUUUGUUUUUUUGUGAUGGAAAUUGGGAGCGGGCAGCACGGUGUUGGCGUGGUUCGUAUAUCUGCCUGCCUGGUUCUGGGUUUGAAUCUGGUUCAUGUUUUUCCAAGGCUUCUUGUGCAUUUCCUCUAAGUAAUAAGUACAAUUAAAAAAAAUGUAAAAAAAAAAACACUGACGAAUAUUUUUUAAUAGUAAACAAAUCAUCUUAACUUCUUCCCACAUUGUAAAAACAUGCAUAUUAGCUUGAUUGAAGACCAAGUUGUCCAUAGGUGUGAAUGGUUGUUUGCAUGUGAUUGGCUGGUGACCAGUCCAGAGCGUACGCCGCCAUUGCUCCAGUCUGCUGGGAUGUUCUCCAGCCUACCGGCGAAAUGGCAAAACGGACGCAUCUGUUUUUCGUGAGCGGAUGGUAGUAUCGGACUUGGGGUGCAUGCUCGAACUGUACUAUGUUCAAACAUAGACAUUAGUUAACUGCUGAGACUAGUUGAACCCUGUUGCUAACCAAAACAGCAGCACCUCACAAGGCACGUCCCGAACGAAUCUUGUAAUCGAGUGCCCUGCACACUAUUAAUGAUGACGAUGAUGAAGAGGUGUCCCCGCUCGUUUUGCUGAAUUUCUCCACACUUGUCAUUUGGACUUGGCUUUAAACCCCACGUUCACUAAAAUUGGAAUCAAGCGGUAACAUUUCCCCCCCAAGCGACUAUUUGGGGAGAUGCGCUGCGUUGUCACUUCCUGUCUUAUUAAUUAGCUUUAUUCAGUGUCACUAACAGACCCAAUUAAAUCCAAAUCUGUCAUUAUUUGUUCUUAUCUGUGUUUGUUUUGUGAGUUUGCAAAAAGCAGAAGCAGCAGCAGAAAAGAUUUGGUUGCAGCUUGUGGAGUCAUCGCUGCUUGACUGUUGCUUCAUCUUUCCCCCCCCCCCCAAAAAAAAAGGAUUCGUUGUGCUGCGGUUAGCUGGUGGACCUGCCAAAAUGUCAUUAUUAUUAUUCCAGCAAAUUUUGUUUUGUCGGGAAUGAUCGGGAGACUGUCACUUUCCAAACAUGUUUUAGCUUAAAACUAAAUAACACCAACACUAUCGUAUAUAAUUCAGGUUGUUCUACGGUUUUGUGUGUGAAUGAGGGACGUUUGUCUUUUGCCUUACUGUUGUUGUUUCGACUGUAUAUUUACAGCUUUUGUUCCCUGUAUUAGCCAAAAUAACGUAUAUUUUUCAAUAAAAGAAUUUGUGAUCAUU